AUGGCUGUCCCAAACUUGAAGUUGUUUGAAUGGGUAACGCAGCCAAGGAAAGCCGAGAUCCAUCUCUCCCAAGAAGCCCAAAUGGCUUGGGAGGCUGCCGGGGAAAGCCAUGGGGCUGAGGCAAUUACAAUCGAGAAUUGCAAGUUCUCACGGAAUGUUCCAGGCCCGUUUGAAGAUUUUUGA